AUGCUGUGUCUCCACCUCACCUCACUGCUUGUGCUGGUGCUGGGGGUCAGCCUGGGGGCUGCCUUUCCCCACAACACCCUGAGGAAGGGCUGCAGCCUGUUCAAGUACAAGCAAGUCACGUUCGAUGAGAAGAAGGCUGUGAAGAAGAUGCAGAAGGAGUUUCGCAGCAUCAGGCAGCCGGGCCGCAACUGCGACACCGGGCUCUUGGAUCGGAAGUGGAUGUCGGCACACCUGUCGGUGCCCGACCGAGUGGUGCUGGUGGAAGCCGAGCUGAACUUCACCAUCACGAUGCUGCAGCUCUCCACCCACCCCGGCUUCACCAAGAUGCGCCAGCGGCCCCUGGCCUUCCUCGCCCAAGCCCGUGAGGAUCUGCGGGGCUGUGUGGCCCCCUCGCAUCAGCCCUCUGGGGAACUGAGCCGGUGGCUGCAGAACCUGCAGGUGGCCAUGAAUAUGGCGCUGUCCCCGCCGCACGAGAACACCGGCUGCCUGCAGGACUACGCCGUCCGCCACGUCUUUGAAGUGCUGGAGGACCUGAACUGCGCUGCCCUCCAGGAGCAAUGCUCUUAG